CAAGUGUUCAUAAAGAUGUCUCAGCUGCUUGGUGACGAAGCACCCCACACUGGAACAACAAUCGUGGCAGUUUCCUUUGAUGGAGGUGUUGUCCUUGGUGCUGACUCCCGCGUGAGCACAGGGAACUAUGUUUCCAACAGAGCGUCAGACAAGAUUACUUCUCUGUCAGACAAUGCUUACAUGCUUCGCUCUGGAUCCGCUGCUGAUACUCAGGCAAUCGCAGAUUAUGUGCGACACUACACAGCCAUGCACUCUAUGGAGCUAGGGAGAGACCCCAAAAUUAAAUCAGUAGCAAAGCUUGUGGCUCAGAUCAACUACUCCAAUAAGAAUUUGCUGAUGGGCGCCAUGAUAGUGGGCGGUUGGGAUCCGGAGGGAGGUGGACAGAUCUUUGGUGUGCCCAUCAGCGGGACACUUGUGCAGCAGGACUGGACCACGGACGGCUCUGGCAGCACCUACAUCUGGGGCUACUUGGACUCUGCCUACAGGGAUGGCAUGAGCAGGGAAGAGGCAGAAGAGCUGGUGAAGACAGCGCUCGCUCUGGCAAUGUCGAGGGACGGCUCAUCAGGCGGCCUGGCGCGGUUGAUCACCAUCACUAAGGCCGGGGCGGAGCGGCGGAUGAUCAAGGGCGAUGAGAUUCCUCUAUUCUGGGAUGAGAUUGAGCCUAUGGGCACAAAUGGCACCGGCAUGGUUGUGGUCUGAGCUGGCUUUGAUGCGCUGUGGAGGGCUGAGGUAUAAGAUAGUGAAUAACUCCCCAAGCUGACGGUGUUGUAGUAACAAGGCAUUCCGAGUAUGCAUAUGCCUUUUCAGGCUAUAGAGAUGCCCCAGAAGGGCAGCAUGUAUUUGCACUGCAUAUGCAUAUACUGCAUGGCAGCACAACGUGCAUUAUGCAACAUGUUCUCUGUCACUAUGUUACAUGACGAGACUUGAUUGCUCGCUGCUCUUGAAUUUUGCUUGCUCACACAGCAGCCCAUGCCUAGGGCUGAUUUGGGGCUCUGUGCAGUCCAUCAAAUUGUCUGUUAUUUUUACUCUCAUUACAUACGGAGACUGGCUGUCCAGCAUUUUGUGAUGCCUGCACCAAACCUGCAUCAUCAUGGGCUCCUCUUUGUCAGUGCAAAUACAUUUACUUCCCUUACCUCGCAAAUCAGGCAAAGCAGUUGUUCCGAUCUGUUCUAGUGUACCGUUUGCUGGAGUGCUGACUGUAAAUAUUAGCCUCCUGAGG